AUGGCGCCGAAGCGAGGGAGCCUCAAGAAGGCUGCCACAGCGGCGACCAGACCACCCAGCAAGCGCAUCCAAGACCUCGCCAGGAAGACUGCAGCCGUAGCAAGGCAGGCCGCGCAGGCCCAGCCUGAGCCGGCAGUAGCUGACACCAAGAGGAAGCGCACUGCUACUGGCUCAGCUAAGAAGGUCGCUACCGGUCGUGUGACGAAGACUGCUUCUGAUAAGAAGGCGGCCAGCAAGGAGGCUACGAAGACGGCCACGAAAGCUGCAUCGAAGAAGGCUGCUCCGACUAAGAUUGCGAAGGCGCAGAAGACAACCGCCAAGAAAGGUGGAGUGACUAAGAAGAAGGCUGCCAGUAAGAGAGCUUCGCCAGCAAAUAAGUGCAGUGGUGCCGCUAAGAAGACCGCUCGCGCCGCUGCCGAGGAAGACCUUGAUGAAGCUGAGGACAAAGAGGUAGUGGACGAAGUGCCGAGCAAGCGUGGCUCCUCUCGCAGCAGCGCAAAGUCCAGCAAAUGUGGUUCAGGCAGAGCCCAAUCGCCACCCAAGAAGACACGCUCUGGCUCUGCCAACCGCGUUGUUAAACGAUCUUCUUCCGCCUCUGCUCCCAGCAAGCGCGGCAGCGUAGCAUCAGCUAAGAAGUCGUCUACCUCAUCCAAUAAAAGCCAUGGUGGAGACAAUACCAUCCUUGAGCAAGGCGCUGCAGCUGCUGGGAGUCUCGCUCGUCAAGCUAAUCAAGCCAUUGGAAAUGCGAUUGAAGGAGGUCAGCAGCUGGCUGGGCAGUUCAACAAAGGUCUGAAUAUGGAGCCGCAUGGGCAUGGUCACGGCCAGAAUGCCCGACAGCGCCAGUCCAUGUCGCCAGCGCGAUCGUCCAAGGGGAGUGGUUCCAAGACGAAUCCGUGGAGGGAGGCUCCGCCGCGUCCAACUGACUCUAGCGGAGAUUAG